UUUCUUUCGGCCCAACUUGGCCCACUCACCCUCUCAAGCUCCCUCAUCAUCAUCAUCACCAUCACCAUCACAGAAACAGCUAACAGGAAGGAGGAGGAGACUCAAGCGGCGCUUCCCUUCCUCUCUCUCUGUAAAUAAUGGCGGAAAAGGACCAACCAUUGCCAAAGUUCGGGGAAUGGGAUGUCAACGACCCAACAUCAGCUGAGGGAUUCACAGUAAUCUUCAACAAGGCUAGGAAUGAAAAAAAGACAGGUGGCAAGCCUGACUCACCAGCAAAGGAUAGUUCCACAUACAAGCCUGGUGCUACUGCUACUCUUGGAAAGCCUCAGACUAAAAAAUGGCUUUGCUGCAUACAAGCUACUCAUGCAGAAUAAUGAAGUGGCUCUUACAUUGUAAGGCCACUGAUGGCAAGAUAUUAUUUAUCUACACCUAGCCCCAGCAUACAAUCCAGAAGACUGGAGCUGUUUUCAGCAGCUAUGAUGGGUCCUGCAGAAAUCUAUUUGUUGUGGCUAGAGCUUUGGUAAUGAUGAGGGCUUGGGGAAGUAUGUGAUGAAAGAACACUUUUAUUUUCAGUUUAUGAAUACCGAUGGGUGAUUAUUGAGGUUUAUGCUUGUCUGCUCCAUUCAAUAUAUCCCGUUAGGCAACACUGUUGUGACAUUCUAUGUUUUGUUUCGAGUGAUAUGAUUUUCUUGUGUAUUUGUGUGCUUGUUA